UGCUGUCAGUCUCGUCGCUUCUUUCGGCUGCGGGGCUAGCAAGAGGCUUUCGGGCAGGUUGGGGGAAGAAUCCGUAGGCGCCGGGAAGGAGCAGAAGAUCAAACAAUUGGAAGGAAGAAAAAACCUCAAGUGAGAAAGCACCUUUUCAAGGAAUAGUCUAUCAUGAAUAUAUCACAGGACCAAAGUGGCAGUUCCAGCAAUAAAGAGCCCCUGACCAGGUGCUGUGAAGCUCGGAAGGAAUUGGAGCAUGCCAUUGGUGGUGUUCUUAGGGCUGAACAGCACAUUAAAGACAACUUGAGAGAAGUCAAAGCUCAGAUUCAUAGCUGCAUAAGCCGUCACCUAGAAUGUCUGCGCAGCCGUGAGGUAUGGCUGUAUGAACAGGUAGAUCUCAUCUAUCAACUCAAAGAAGAAACACUUCAGCAGCAAGCACAACAACUCUACUGGUUACUGGGACAAUUCAAUUGUCUUAUUCACCAGUUGGAAUGUACCCGAAGCAAAGAUCUAGCUAAUCAAGUUUCUGUAUGCCUGGAGAGGCUGGGUAGCUUGACCCUCAAACCUGAUGAUUCAACUGUCCUGCUAUUUGAGGCUGAUACAAGUUCUCUGCGUCAGACCAUCACUACAUUUGGCUCUCUCAAAACCAUUCAAAUCCCUGAGCACUUGAUGGCCUGUGCUGCUUCUCCCAGUCCUGGGUCACCUGUGGAGAGAAGGACUUCUGUUUCCAAGCAGGAGCCGAAACCAUCAUUCCGUCCUUCAUUUAUCCCACUGCGUGAUUGGCUCCUUGGAAGCAAACCUGCUUCAACUCAUCAGUUUCCUUAUGUACCCAGCACCAACCUCCAGGACUGGCUUAAUAAAAAGCAAACUUUGACAAGCAACCAGGGUCCCUCCCAAUCCUGCAACUUUAAUGUCAGUAACAUCUGGGGCAACCUCAAGGGCUUGGAAAACUGGCUCCACAAGCAAGAUAUUUCUGAGAAAAGAAGUCCCCAAAAGCAUAACAGCUCCUUCACAGAAAUAGAGAAAGGGGAUGACCUAGAGUUCCUUGAACAAGAAGAAAUGGAUCUUUCUGAUUGGCUGGUUACCUCUCCUGAACCUGAGAAUGGCAACUUUGAAUCAGAUGAAAAAUCAAAGCUUUUUCGACUUUUCAAGGAAGAUUAUAAUGCAAAUGAUUGGCUUCUCAAGCCUGGUUCCUGUACUAAUUGUCAGGGCAACCAGCCCAAAGGUGUAGAGAUUGAGAAUUUGGGAAACCUGAAGUGUCUGAAUGAGCACCUGGAAGGGAAGAGGCCAUCACUCCCUUCCCCCACAUCCAGUGAGAAUUGGCUUGUCCAGCAUCAUCAGGUUCCUUUUAAAGUUGAGGAGGUGUGCAAAGCUAAUGAGCCCUGUACCAGCUUUUCAGAGUGUGUGUGUGAAGACCAGUGUGAGAAGGAGGCCUUGUGUAAGUGGCUUCUGAAGAAGGAAGGGAAGGAUAAAAAUGGUGUCCCAGUGGACCAGGUACCCGUUCUGAAACCUGUGCCAGAGAAGCUGAAACCUUCUUUGAAUAUGUGGCUCUGUCCCUCUAGGGAAGAGAUAGAAGAACAGGCUAAGAUGCCAAAACCAACUCCAUGUAAAAUUCCUGAACCCCUCAAGAUGUUGCUGGACAUCCCCUUGUCGGAUUGGCUGGCCAAAACAAACCCCAAAGAUGUAAGAGCACAAGAAACACCCAGUCGAGAUGAAAAAGCCAGUCCGGAGGGGUUGUCACCAGCCAAACAAAUGCGUCCCAACCACAUGACCAUUUGGCAUCAUCCAAUUAAUGCAUCUGAUUGGGUAUUGCCUUCGAAGAACACAGGAAGCACCAGCCAGCCCCCUGGGGAAGAUAAGUGGUUACUGCGAAAGAAGGCCCAGGAAGCAUUCCUUAGUUCACCUCUACAUGAAGAACAUACCUUUCCCCAAGACCGUUAUGGCCUCCCCACAGUUUGUGAUCUUUUUGCCUGUAUGCAGCUUAAAGUUGACAAAGACAAGUGGUUGUAUCGAACUCCUGUCCAGAUAUGAGGAAACAAACACUAGAAACCAAGGAAUCUUCCUGCUGAUCAUCGCACAUCCAUGAACCAGCUGAAUCAUUGUGUUUCUGGGUCUUACUAGUACUGUGUUGUGUUUCUUUUCUGCCAAAUUUUGAACUAGUGAGACUAAACAAUAACAUGUUACUGAGUUAUUAAUCUAAGAAGAAAAAGCCCACUUAUGAAGAGUUCAUUUAAAGUACACACUUAUUAACCAGUAAGUGCUGCAUCAGGGUGUCUACCCUUUACAAAGACCUCUGUAUCUGCCAUUUGGGUUGUCUUGAAAGAAUAUAAUGAAAUUUCCAAAUGAAGUAACUUUUUUCUUAACAUUCAAGUGUUUCAAGACUGGUGCAGCUUUCUUAACCAAAAAGUAUUGCCCUUUCUGCAGAUUUUGUCUAAUUUUUGGCUUGGGAUCUUGUCUUUGUGAUCAUCAAUGACUCUUUCUGGUAUGUAGUUUUAUUAUUACAUCCCAUGUAUAAACUAACAUUACCAGUGCAUUGAAGUAUGUAGCUUUUUAAAGGUUAUGCUCAUGAGUCCAGAAACAAACAAAAAAAAAUGGCUUUUAGCUGCAUUGGUGGCUCUGCUUCAGUUUUCCCCCCGUUUUGAAAAAUUCAGCCAAUGCCCUGUAUUAAAACAAUUCAGUUGUCAAGACAGAGCACAAUAUAUACUGUGGACAGUAUGUAUGUAAUCUGACAGCAGUUAGUUGCAUCGCACUGUAUGAUUUUUCUUGGAGUAUGAGAGUAUUGUAAUAGCUAAACUGUCAAAAGCUAGUUUAUCAAUAUAAUGAAAAGACAGUAUGCUCAGUACUUGGCCCGCCAUGAAAUACUAAUGGCUCCAUUAUACUUGAACUAUCUCUAGGGAUUGUUGGUGCAUCCUGUGUAAUAGGAAGGUCUUGUACUGCAGCACUAGAGACCUGCCUGUUUAAACUAUAUGAGCAAAUUAAGUGCUGGCUGUCAAAGCAUGUCUUUACAAGGAUAAUUUUGGUUUAGGCCCAUAAGACAUCUUAAUAGAUUGUCUUGAAUACUUGGUGCCUUGGGACAUUAAUUUUAUGAAAAAAAUUGUAAAAUUUCCUAAAAUGUCCUUAAGUCAAAUUAAAAGACUGUCCUAAUAACAAAGAUUUGUGCUAUUUUUUACAUUUUCUCAAUAGGGAACCUUGUCAGACUUUAAAAUUCUUCCCUCUUUGAAUUUGGAUUUUUGGAAAUCAUUAGCCCAAAUGAAGUUUCGGAAACUAUAUUGGCCUGGAUUAGGGGGCCCUCUAGGAGGCAGAAAAGCCUCCUGAGUUUUCUGGACCUCCACUAGACAUAAUAUUCUGCCUAAAUUUGUAUCAGUAGCUCUACAAAUGUUAUAUAGUUCUACCCAGUCUCUACUUAACCUUAUUUAGAACAAAUUUAAUGAUAGCUGUUUGAUGCAGCCCAUUCUAGAUCCUUUAAAUUAACUUAUUAAUAUCUUAGGCUCUUAGAAACUUUGUAGACUUUUUUUGAGCUCAAAAUUGUGCUACUCAUUUAUUCUUCUCUUCACAAUAAUACUAUCGAGUAUGUAAAACAUUGUUUGCAGUAAUGCAUUUUGUACAAUUGCUGACUAUCCAUUAAAAGCAUCACCAUCA